AUGUCGACUUCGCUCCAGGACCACCCCUAUCAGCCUCAUUCUGGCGCCUCUAGAGACCGCACAGUCACUCUCAAACCCACAUCGUCAAAGCCAGCACCGAUUCGAUCCAGCCCUCGUAGUCGGUCUCCUCGAUCGUCAAGGUCUAGAGCAACACCUACACCUACUUCUGACUCCCCUCUUUCCGAAUCUUCUCAACCAAGACCGGCCCAACUAGGUUCCGAGCUCUUUGAUGCCAUCGUCCAGUCCGCCAAUCCCAGACAUCCACAGUAUGCUGCCUGGCAUGACAAACACAGCUCCUCCUCUUCUCGAUCGUCUCGUGCUUCCGGAUCCAGUAGUCUGAUCCUCGACAAUGUAGCCACCUCGUCGCCUGCCACGCCAUCUUCUCACAGAUCGUUCGACCCCUCGGAACCCUCGGCACGCAAGAAGCAUGCAGCACGCAUGGCAAGGGACGGCUAUUCGGCCUAUCGCCAAGCCCACGAGGCGGCAGGGUCGGACGCCGACGAUCCGAUGCCCACGGAAGGACGUUUCACACCCGUGCGAGCCUCCUUUGAAGGCUCCGUGCGAUCCUACUGCUCUUCGAAUGUCACCAGCACGAGUCAAAGGCGUCGCGAUCGUAGGAUGCGAGAGAGACCUAAGCCGCUCUUGCCUCCUGUCCCGCCUCCGAGAAUCACGAGCUCUACCAACUGGCAAUCGGUUCAGGCUUCUGCUUCCAUGUACGACCUCGCCAGUUCGCUGCCGCGUGUCCCAGCUCAUCCUGCUGCUCCGGCCAGCGCCGGAGAUCAUCGCGAUCGCCGCUUUGCGCAAGCUUCGUCCCGACACAUGGUUGCAUCUCCGUCUGCGCCAGCAGUGCUUCGCAUGGCGCACCCGUAUGCUUCGGCUGUGACAUUGCCUCAGCUGCACGAACAAGACCCUGGACCGGCGUCAUCACCGUUGAACACCUAUCGCACUCAUCAGCCAGCCUCUGCACCCGCGGUUCCGCCAAAGAACGUCGCUCGCAGCAGUCAUGCGACAGCAGCAUUCGUUGCACAAGUGACCGCCUCGGCGCUGACGAGCCCAGACCUCAGGACCACAGCUAUCGAUCAGAGCCGGGGCACCCUGCGUCAAGUCGAUCCUAGCGUCUUUCCGAUGCGCCGCGAUGACGAGUUCCGCAACAACGAGUUCGAGAUGUCGGACGAUUCCGAGCUCGAAGGCGGUCUAGUGGGAUCGCAGCCACCGCUCUCCAGCUUCAGACAGACUUCGUUCGUCUCAGGUUCUGCCGCGGAGAAGCGCCCUGGCAAGUUCCGGCGCAGUCUCGACUCGGUCAUCUCUCCUUUCCGUGCGGGUCUGCUCAACAGCACUCCAUCCCAUAAUGUUCGCAUCGAACCAACGAAGAGCAGUGUCACGGGCUCGGUCCAGAACGACGAGCCGGUGGCCCAGGGUCGACGCAGCUUCUCGGACUCGCGCUUUGUGAGACCCUUCCUUCCUCGCCCGCGUGCUGCUACCAUCGGCCGGCAGACACGCCCGCUGAGCAAGGUCAUCGAUCAACCCGAGGAGGACUUUGUCGAUCCUUCGCGUCCCAACGAUGCUCAAUCCCACCAGGACGACCCACACGACCCAAGCCCUAUCCGCAUCCGCGAUCAAACCGUCGUCGCUAUCGCAAGCGAGUCUCAGCCCGCAGUGCCGAUGCUGGCCAGCGCACAACGCACCGCUAGCAUCUACAGUCAUUCCACGAGCAAUCAUCACAGCAUGUCUAGCCCCCUGGACGCCGCUGCAUCCUCGCAUCAACGAUCGCGUGGCAAGUUUGGCGGCUUCAUGGACAAGUUCAAAGGCUCUCGAGCGUCCAAGGCGUCAUCCACUAUUCCAGUGCGGGAGUCCACGCCACAGGCAUUGCCCACGUCUCAAUCAUUGUAUUCAGAUUACCGAGGAGCAUCUCUUGCACCUGCGAUCUCAGCAUCACCGUCCGUGGCUGUCGCCUCUCUACCUUCCAUCACCGGUAAACCGGCAGAGCGAGGCUUGCGAAGUCGUGUCAAGUCCUUCACUUCGCUUUCAUCGUCUCGGAGCAAGAAAGAGGCCGCCGAUGUGCCUGCCAUCCCAGCGAUCCCGCCCAACUUUGCCGCACCGACGGAGAGCUCGACGACACAUUCCGCGUUGGAAGCAUCGCUCCGAGCACCCGUAGCACCCACCUUCGCUUCCACCCCAUCUUCGUUGAAACUCGGAAAGCUCUUGCGACGGAGGAAGGUCAAUGACGGUGUCGACAAGGUUGUUGACAGUCCGCCUGUCUCAUCUUCGAGCACAUCAUCCUUGAAGCCGAUGGCCGAAGCGAUGCCGAGGCCAUCGAUGUCUUCCGCUAAGGGCUUCGAUCUUGCCGAGCCAGCGGGCACGUCAGCGAAUGUAGCGCAAUCGCGCGUCACUAUCCGCAAGACCUUGAGCCCUGCUCUCCUACGGGACACGCCUCAGUCAAGCAUCGACGCCGCCUUCGGAGCAGCCCAACCUUUCUCGCCGGAUCGCCCUGCUGUUCACUCGAGCAACGAUAGCAACACAGUUGAUCAACUUGAGGUUCCAGAGGCAACCGAUCACGAUCAGGCAGAGGAGCUGGGUUCAAGCGCUGUGGACCAGCAUCGUUCACAGCCGCCGCGAUCUCGCCGGCCGCCUCGCGCCACCUCUCGGGUCGACCGGCUAUCGCGUGUGGAGGAGCUCAGUGAGCGUCUCUCCUACAUUGCCGAGCCGAAGGAGUCCACCCAGUCCCAGGACUCAGCUCUCGCGACCCACGACUCGCCAUCCUCCCACUACCCUCGCUCCUUCGGUGAGCACCGGUUCCAGCGCAACAACCACCGCGAGCAGACUCUGCCGCAAAGACUCGAGUUGGCUGUUACAGAGGAGGAACGGCCGCAGGAGGUUGGUCACAUUGCGCAGCGGGCCGCUGGGAGCGUGGGACAGGCGGGUGUCUCGGAGGACGACGGAAUGGAAUGGGUGGCCUCGACUAAGUCGGCCGGCCUCAAGCCAUCAACCGAAGCUCCCUGUGUCCCGGCUCCAAGGACUCCAAUCACUCCCAGCCUCGUCAGCCAGUUGACACCAACAUGGCGCUCGGCGAGCUCCAGUGCUCCGGCAUCGGCAAGGACCUCGUUCUCGCAGGAUCGAGAUCGAGCUCCCGUCGCAAGUCCAAUCAGUCCGCCCUUGCCGGCAAAGCGCAGCGUGGCACAAGCCAUCAAGAAUCUGGGCAUCAAGAACCCGACCAAGAAGGGCGGCAAAGGCAUUGGUCCCAACGACGUCAUCGUCCUAGGUUUUGACCACGACCGGGAAGAGGGCGACUUGAGCCAAGAGAUGAGCUCGCGACCGUUGGUCUCCGUCGAGUCGAGGUCCUCCUUCGGUGGCGGCGCAAGACCUUCGUUCAGCGCUUUGGCAAGGCCUAGCUUCAGCACGGCUCGACCAAGCCUUGAUGCGACACGCAGCAACAGCCUGAUGGCAGCCGAGCUGGCCACCAAGCAGCUGGAAGCCGAGGCGAUCGCAAUGAUGCAAAGCCCGUUCAUCCCGUCGUCCGGCAGUGAGGGGCUGAGCGAACAAGCGCCUACUGCGUCGCCGCUCAGAGGGCUCGCAGGUAGCCUCGGAAAGACGAGCGAACCAGCGGGUCUCGGCCUCGACGCCGGGCCAUACCCUGACACCCUACCCUCCCGCAAGAGCGAAAGCAUGGACAUCUCCGGCAGCACCUCGGAAGGCACUUUCACCACCCAAGGCAUCCAGACGCCGGACAACAUGUCGCUGUCUCACAGCUACAUGUCGCAGCUGCCCGCCCGAUCGGACUGGACGACGGGUGCCACGACGCCGCUCGCGGGCCGAGCGAGCUUCGAUACGGGCUCGCAGAUGACGGUGGCGCUCAAGUCGCCGGAGCAGCUGGCAUUCGAGGAUAUGCUGGGUCGGUUCCCGCAACAGCAGAAGAGCUUGCUGCAGGAUAUCUCGGCUCGAGUGGGCAAGACGCCCGUGCUGGGAUCGGCCGGAUGGACUAGUAGGGAGGAUCUAUAG